AGUGGGACAUAGCGGUGCGAGAAAAAGGAGAGGGGGGGAGAAGAAAGAGGAAUUAAAAAAGAAAAGGAAGAAAGAGACAGGGAGGGAGGAGGGAGAGCGGGCGAUAAAAAAAGAAAGAUGACAUCCUCGCAGCUGAACGGCCGAGGUGGAGCGAGAGGCUGCGGCCCGGCGAGAGCGCUGCUCGCCGGGGUCAGGGCUUGAAUCCAGCAGCGAGGCUUCGACUAAACACCCGCUUGGCCUAUCGAGGAGGGGAAAAAAUCAGGGAAAAUAGAUCCCUAAAUUUAAAAUAAGAAAAGAAAAACAAAGCAUGACCUGGUGUGCUGUCAGAUACGUGUGUUUAUAACUCAUAUUUGUUGUGUUUGCGUCCAAAAGAAUGCCUUUAUUUCCCGGAGGCUAUUUUUACUGUGGCUAGCUCCAGAGAGACUGGCAGGAGCGGGAGUGCUAGAGCAGAUGUGUUGUGUUCAGGUUCGUGUUUAGACAGGUUUGGUGUUAGAUGAGUUAAAGUUAGGGCUGCCUCGGCCUGCUCCACCGGCACUCUACGGUUAGCGCUAGCUAAAUGACAAAGACAGAUCCCCGCAGCUGCUUCACGCUUUUUACGAAAAACUGAGAGCCCGUCGGUUCUGCUGCGGGACAGGCGGCCGCUGGCGCCUCCAUCUUCCGUGGUUCCGACCCAAACCAUGCAAAGGCUGCUCUCCACGAUCUCAACCAGGAGCUGACUGCAUAAUCUCCCAUCUCUGUGGCGCAAAAUGGAUGCUGCUUGGAGCAAUUUUCUCUUCCAGAGUACUCCCACCCAAAACCAAGUGGAGGGGAGCCUCCAAUCAGAGCUCAUGCAAGUGCAUACGAGUUCUCCCCAGACCCCACCCACAGAGCACUCAGCACAGCCUCCUUCCACGGUGGACACCACUGCUCUCAGUGAGGAUCCCCUUCCUGUGAAGCCAGCGCCUCGUCCGGCCCGCACCCAAUACAUCUGUGCCAUCUGCAACAAGCAGUUCAAGAACAACUACAACCUGCGGCGGCACCAGUCGGUCCACACUGGGGUACGCAUGAAGGACAGGGCCAGGGUGCAGGCGGAGGGGGCGAAGGAGGGAGCAGCUGGCCAGAUGGUGGUGGCGGUGGCCCCGCCGGCGAUGGUGGUGGGGGUCGGAGGGGAGGUGGAGAGGCCCACUGUUCCCCUCUCCCUGCUGCACCUCUCCGUGCCUCCCCCCCUCGCCCCUCCUGGUGUGCUGGCGGGCGCUCAGCAGCCCCCCCUGUGUGGUCAGGAUGGUGAUGGGGUUGCUAUGCCAAAUGUAAUGGCUGGUGUUAACCCCCAUGCUCCGCCUCCUGCUGCUGUCGUCAUGGCCACAGGGGCGACAGUACAGCGGCCCGCCAACCCCAACCCUAACCCUGUGAAGAAGAACCACGCCUGCGAGACGUGCGGGAAGGCCUUCCGAGACGUGUACCACCUUAACCGCCACCGCUUGUCCCACUCGGACGAAAAGCCGUUCUCCUGCCCCAUCUGCCAGCAGCGCUUCAAGAGGAAGGACCGCAUGAGCCACCAUGUGCGCUCUCAUCAGGGCGGUGUGGAGAAACCCUACAUCUGCCCGCACUGCAGCAAAGCUUUCUCCAGGCCGGAUCAUCUCAACAGUCACGUCAGACAGGUGCACUCCUCAGAACGACCCUUCAAAUGCCCUACUUGUGAAUCCUGCUUCGCCACGAAGGAUCGCCUGCGCGCGCACAUGAUUCGUCAUGAGGAAAAAGUGCCGUGUCACAUCUGUGGGAAGCUGCUGUCAGCUGCUUACAUCACAGAUCAUAUGAGGGUGCACAACCAGUCUCAGCACCACGUCUGUCACCUCUGUAAUCGCAGCUUCACCACGCUGACGUACCUUCGUGUCCACGCCCAGAAGCACCAUGGCCAGGAGUGGAAGGAGAGCCCGGGGGGCUUCGGGGGCACAACCUCUGGCGGGAUUCUUGUCUGUCACUUGUGCGGCGUCCACUGCAAGACGCCCACCCAGCUCCAGGGCCACAUGGGCACCCACAGCACCGGCCAGGGCUCCCCAAGCCCCGUCACCUUCAGCGUGGCUCCCAGCAGCUCCGUCUCCCUCAGCAACACGGUGACGGCCCCCACCGUUUACGUCACUGGGAACACGGUGGUGGACCUGCUGGUCACAGACUGCUCUAGCAUUGCAGCGCCACAGUCUCACAGUUAGCAGCAGAGAGCUAACGCCAUGCAGAGGGUGAGGUCAGGGAAGGUGUGUGUGUGUGGGUGGUUACUCGUAGAUGCCGGUCUGGUUUCAGCUGUGUCGCUUAUCCAUGAGGUUAGGGGAGGAACUAAAUCCAGUUUCACCUGAGAGCUCAAAACAGGAAGUGAAAAUGUGACAAACGUGGACAUGUUGUCCAGAUGUUCCUGAGGGAGCCGUUUUCUGAGCAUCUACAGUUUCACUCUCCUGUCUCUGCCCUCUUCCUCGCUCUCCCUCCUACUUCCUAAGUCCGAUCUUCCCCUCUAGACCUUUAGUGGCGUCAGCUGCUCUCUGCAAGCGCACCAAGUACUGUAUGUCUCUCACCAGCUCUGAUCUUACCUCCAUUUUUGCAACUCAGAAUUAAAAAGAAUCCAAAUGGUUUGUUGAGAAGUUGCAGGAAGAUAGCUGUCAGAUAAAAAAAAAAAAACAAUAGAAGGGAAGUUUGGGCUCCCCUUGCAUGUUUUUUCAUUUUUAUUCACAAGAUGGAGAUUUGAUUUAAUGCUAGUUCACCACGGAGUGGGAUGUUAACGGAUCAGGACAGGAGACCGUAAUGUUGUGUGGGAUUGUGGGAUGUUCACUUCCUAAAGGUACUGAAAAAAAUAAAAUAACAAGAGUUGUGUUCAGGAGCUCCAAGCACCUUAAGCGGUUGUUGUUGGACUGGGUGAGAUUUGAGUUUUCGUGGAUUGUUCUGCUCUGAGUCUUCCUCUCUGGGUCCGGCCUCUUAAAUAGAACAUAAAGAAAAAAGAAACGCGCCUGCUAAUCAGCACUUCAUCUUCUGAGAUGGCAACUCUCCUCACACCUGAGAGCUACAUUUUGCAUGAAAACAAGCUAGCUCGGUCAUGCUUAUUGUUAGGGAACUGUCCCAACUAAAUAAAACAAUGGCGGUUCCUCUAGGUUAGUUAGCUGUAAACGAUAAUAUAAAAAUAAAUAAUGAUUUUACUCAAUCAUUUGACAUAGUUUGCCAUUCAUUUGAUUGUGUCAUUGCCAUAGUUCUUUUGUUUUUCUUUUGAGUCCUAUGGGUGAAACAUGCAUUAGAUUUAGUGGUUUAAUUAUUCGUAUAGCACCUGUUUCAUGUCGUUCUGCAGCAGUGGUGAGGCAAAUGGUCCGUUGUGAGUGAAGUGUGGUGUGGACGGGGCUUUUAAAGUCAGUGAUGGAUGAAAAGAGUCGGCUGUUAACAAAACCUGGUUUUGUUUUCGAGCGCGGUUUUCAAUUUCGUGUUCAUUUUUGUUCAACUUUGUAGUUUUUUUUCCUUCAAAAAUGUGUUCUUCCUGUUGAGAAACAAGUGACUCGUCACAGUUUAAUUUUAAGUUCUGUUCAUCACACGAAAACAAAAAAUAGUAAUGAUACCUCUAAGAAUUUGUACAGCUCUUGUGAUACAUCUUAAUGCCUUAUCGUACUCAACUGCAUUUUAAUUCUUUUAUGACAAAAUAUUUCAAAUCUUAGUCAUGAAUUCAUUAAGAAUAUUAAUGGGAUGUAUUUAUAUUUAUAUUUUUAUAUUUCUCAACAGUAUGCAUGUCUAAAAAAGUUGUUAGAGUUAAAAAAAUCAAUGAUGCUUAUUACAGUCAAUUAUUCAGUUUUUUUUGUAGAUGAAGUAGAGAUCAUGUUAUUGUUUUAUAAUUUGGACAAUUUAAAGUAAAAAGAGUAAAGAAAAAUGA